AUGACUUCAGGCCGCGGAGUCACAUUCUCCACCGAAGACUUCCACCAGGCACUUCUUGCAUUGGACUCCGAGAUAGCCAAAUCCAAGAAUCUCCGAGCGGCUGCUCCAAUCAAGCUUCUUAGUGCAGGAGGUUUUGUGGCUGUCACCCUCUUCCACAAUCGCAAUUCAACGCAAGAUAUCGACUACAUCAUCGAUCCGGACACCAAGAAUGUCACAAAAGUAAAAGAAAAGCUGCAAAAAGCCAUCUCAGCGGUGGCGCAAAAGCGAGGACUCGUUGAAAAAUGGAUUAAUUCUCGCAUGGAAGUAUUUGCGGUAGGAGAGACUAAGCGACAUCUCUUCUAUGAUUCUAUUGCUCAGGGUGUUGUUCUUUGGCAAGGAACGAACUUGAUUAUUUACGCGGCGAAAUGGGAGUGGUCGCUAGCCCGAAAGUUGAAGAGGAUUGGAUCUGAGCGUCGGCAUAUUGACGUGAGUGACGCUGUGGAGAUCCCGGCUCAGAUGGUACAGCAGAACGGCGGCCCUCUCUCUUAUGAACUUGUGAAGUCUUGGAAUACGAUCGUCUACACCCCUUUGGAUGAUGCAGCGAUCAAACAAGUCGCUGAGGCUUUUGUUACUCGGUUUGGGUAUGCUGUAUCUCAACUCCUUGAAAAUUAA